AUGCAAGAAGCUAAUAAUAAAUCUCGUUUAUAUUGUGAACACUACGUACCAUCGAAUAUUGCUUGUUCAGAUUGUCAUGCAAUCGAAAAGGACUAUAAAAAUCGACCACUUUAUGCUCCAUUAUAUGUUCCUCUACCUGAACUACCGACUGUAAUCAAUAGUUCGCAACUAAAACUGCCCAAUACUUUCUAUGUGCCAAUGAAUGAAAAUUCAAAAUCAAAAAAUAAUUGUUCGACUUAUUUAACAUCAGAUGAUUGUGUCGAGCUCAAUACAAAGAAUGGCAUCGUUCGAGUACCACGAUCGACGCUUGUUCAACGAUGCGCUACGAACGAAUCUAUGAAAAAUAAUAAUCAAUGUUCAACAAGAAAUGUCACUUGUAAUUCUCAAGAAAUAUUUCCAGGUGAUUUUAAAAAGCAUGCACAUCGUUUUACACGUAGUUUCAGUUGGAAAACUAAACCAGAAGAACCACCAUUUGCACAAAUGCAACCUCUACCGAAACUUAUAAAACGACCUGGUUAUAUUGAAAUGUGUUGUAAAAAUAUUUGUUGGCCAACACAUCAACUUUGCUUGUGUUGUACAAGAAAUGUUGCUGACAGUUGCCGUAAAUGGUCAAAAUCAACUGGAGAAUAUGAUUAUAUUGAUGCAUGCUGGUCAUCAUGUGCAUUAUGUUCAGAUGAUGCCUAUAAAAUACUCAAUACACCUGUUGUAUAUAAUGAGAAAAUUAUUGAUCCUGAACUUCUAUUACCACUCGAUGCUGAAUUACUCUACUAUUCAAUACAAUCAGCAAAACGGCAAAAAGCCAAACAGCAGAACAUUCUAACCGAAUCAUUAAGUUCUCAACAACCAUCACAAAAUCAGCAACAACAAAAUACACUUCCAUUCAGUACUAUCCAAAAGACUAUCAAAGAGUUGCCAUCGUCAGUGACAAUACAAGAACAACAACGGAUUGCACCAUCAACAUCACUGGCAAACGUAGUAGAAAAGUCAAAGCAAGUAGGAAAAAUGAAGUCUUUAAAACCUAUCAAGACUAGAAAAAAAUCAUCGACAUCCAAUCGGAAGAAAAAUCGGAGAAAAAAAUCUAGUCGAUCCAGAAGUCCGUCCAGUAAAAAACGAUCCAGUCGAUCGAAAAAUCAUUCUAAACGAAAAUCAAAAUCGUAA